UCUGGUGCAUUCGACGGCUUCGGCGCCACUCAUUACGCGGAGGUGACGCUCGUCGCGCAGAGCGCCCUAAUGGCAAUCGUCUGGGGCACCUCGGGCAUAAUUACCGGCGUUAUGAAUCAUCCCCGCAUGGAAAUGCACUCACAAAGUGCUUGCACACUCAUUCUGAAGAAAAUUUCCAAGCAUGGAAGAUGGCCCGUCCACCUCCAAAGACUUUGAAGAGCUGGUCGACGAAAAUGAAGAGGAUGAUCGAUUUGGCGACUUACCAGCUACACCAUUUGCCAAAAAAUACAAGGCUCUUGUGCAUCAUCCAGGCCCAAUUGAAAAGCCAUUCAAAAGACCAGCUGGAAAAAGUGUCAAUCAAGAGUUACGGAGAGCAAUACUCUCCGCUCAUUUCACUUUAAUUCGGCAACCUGGUGAAAACCGAAGCUACACCCAAUUAGCAACGCAAACAGCAUUAUUGUUGGGGGUUUCCGAGAGGACGGUUUUAAACGUGCUCAAAACUGGAGAAAAGAUAGAAACACCGAAAAAAGGAUUAAAUAGGCCAGCACCAGUUACUGGAGUGGACUCCUUCACGUUAAAAUGCAUUCAAAACUUGAUUUAUGAAAUGAAGAGAAAAGGUGAGCACACAACUAUAAAUACUGUCAUGGAUCGGUGUGUCGCAAGGAAACUGUUUGAAGGCAGUACUUCAAGCCUACGGAGAUUGCUAAAAGAUGAGCUAAGCUUCUCCUACCGGAAAACUGACUUCCGGGAAAAAUUCAAACAGACGCCUCAAAACAUAGCAUGGAGAAGAACUUUUCUGAGGCGUUAUUUGAAGCUAAAAAAACUGGGCUACACAUUUAUUUUCCUGGAUGAGACCUGGAUUUUUCAAAAUGGGUCCAAUGUGGCUUUUGGUUGGUUUGACGGAAGCUCGGAAGCAGUCGGCAGGGUGAGAGCCUCAAAUGGGAAACGAUUCAUAAUUGUGCACGCUGGAAGCGCCGACGGCUUCGUAAAAGGAGCUAGUUUGAUUUUUCCAUCAAAGGUUGCCCAUAUGGACUACCAUGGAGACAUGUCUGCUGACUAUUUCAUGAAAUGGGCGAUUGAUCAAUUAAUUCCCAACCUGCCAGAAAAAUGCUGUAUAGUGAUCGACAAUGCCAGCUAUCACUCAACUGUGCUUGAAAAGAGGCCUGUCAAGUCUCGGAGCAAAGCUGAACUCAAGGAAUGGUUGGAUGAAAAUAAAAUUCCUUUUGAUCCAAAACUCAAGAAGAAGGAAAUGUUUGAGCUUUGCUUAGAACACGUUUCAGACGAACAAAGCUAUGUUUUUGACUACCUGCUGGAGAAGAAUGGCCAUGUUGUUCUUAGGAAUGCUCCAUACAACUGCAUUUACAAUGCAAUUGAGCACAUCUGGAGCACAACCAAAGGAAAAUACAACAAACUCAUUCUUGAGGUGAAUGAAAGUCAUUCGAAGGAGGUGGUGAUAGCAACUUGGGAAAGAGCACUUCGUGAGAUCCCUGAGGAUGCCUGGAAGAACAGUGUUGCCCAUUGCGAGAAGCUCAUCGAGGAGCACUUCAAGCAGGAGGGCCUGACCUUGGAGUCCCCCAACAAAGUGGUUGUUGACCUGGGUGACUUCGACUCGGACGAGGAGCUGGAACCUGCCAUCCAGGAGAGAAAGAAGCAGAUUGCAGAAAAGGCAGCAGCGGACACUAGGAGGAAGGAAUCGUUGCUGGAAAAGCGACUCCAUGAGUUAAAUGAGCAGUUCGAGGCCAAACGGCCGAAGAAGAAGGCCACGCGAAGGAAGCUUCUAAGUGAGUCGGCUGUGCUGUGAGUGAGCGCUAUGUGCUUGUAAUGUAAAUUAGAUCU